CGGAGGUGGAAGAUCGGAGAGCUUGAAUGAGCCGGCGUUAGAAAGUAAGCAAAAAAAACUUGCCCACCCCUCCCUCUUCCCUCCCCCCAAAGUCUUCCCCCCACAGGAUCUUUCUCCAUGUUCGCAUUGACUCCCUCCAGUCCCACCAGUCUGAAGGCGCCGGCGCUGGUCAAGUUCCAGCUGGGCCUGUUCAGGGAGGUGGUCCGAGUCCCCGCCGGCAACCUCAGCUAUCGCCAUGCCAAGAGGCUGGCCUCGGAGAUCAUAGAGCGCAAGGCUCCAGACUGCAGCUUGGUGGGUGUCGGAGAGAAGAUUCUGCUGUUCAGACAUCAGCCCGCUUUAGAGCAGGGGCUGCAACGGCUGACGGACCAAGACGAGCUGCAGGAUGGAGACCUGAUCGAAGUUGUCAUCGCAGGAUCGGCCUCGGUGACUGAGAUGAGGAUCCGGCCACACUCCCUGCUGGUUCACUCGUACCGGAGUCCCACCUUCUGUCACCACUGUGGAGAGAUGCUGUGGGGCCUCGUCCGCCAGGGAUUAAAAUGUGACGGUUGUGGGUUAGACUUCCAUAAACGCUGCGCUUACCUGUUGCCCAACGACUGCAGUCGAGCGCGGCGUCAGGUCAGCACCAGCCUCUCCUUGUUCCCUCCACGACGACCCCGCACACACUCCUUGUCCAAUCAGGCGGGAGGCAGUCUGGAAGAGAUCAGCAUGUCCAAACCUUCGUCCAGACCUCCGUCCUGGGCCGAGGAUCCGGUCUGGGUGGGAGUUGGUAACGGCGACUCGGUGGCUCAGGUCCCGCACACCUUUCACAUCCACAGCUACACCAAACCCACCGUGUGCCAGUACUGCCACCGGCUGCUCAGAGGUCUCUUCAGACAGGGGCUGCAGUGCUCAGACUGCAGGUUUAACUGCCAUCGGCGCUGCGAGCCGCUCGUCUCCAGAGACUGUCCGGGAGAGCGGAGAGGAGGCUUCAACGGGGAAGCAGCCAGUUACAGCAGGUUGAUAGACCCGGAGGACGAUGAGUCAGAGAUCAGCAGUAUGACAACACUAGAAAUCUCUGAUGAUGAGAUGUCUAUUGACGUCGAAUCAAUGACCGAGGCCAAAGAAGUGGAGGAGCAGGUGCCCCGAGAGCCAAUGAGUCCGUGUUUCAGCAGCAACAUCCCUCUGAUGAGGCUCGUCCAGUCGGUGCAUCACACUAAGAGGAGAGCCGGUGGAGUCCUGAGAGGGGGCUGGCUGCUGCACCACACCAACACUGACACAAUGAGAAAACGGCAUUACUGGAUCCUGGACUGGAAGAGCAUCACUCUGUACCAGAAUGAGAGCAGCACCAAGUUCUACAAGGAGAUGCCUCUGUCUGAGGUGCUGCAGGUCCGAGGCCCCGCACAGCUCUCCGUGCCCUUGUUGCCGGGCAACUGCUCCCACUCCUUUGAGGUGGUGACGGCCUCGCUGGUGUACUGCGUGACGGCCGGCGAGAACGGGCCGGCAUGGGAGAUCGCCAUCCGCCAGGCUCUGAUGCCUGUACACAGCGACAGAGGACACGGAGAGGAGAGCAGAGGUAGAGACUCUCGCAGAGACAGCGCGGACAUCAGCUCGGUGUAUCAGAUCUUCACAGAUGAGGUGCUGGGCUCAGGACAGUUUGGAGUGGUGUACAAAGGUACUCACAGGAAGUCGGGUCGACCGGUCGCCAUCAAAGUCAUCGACAAGACGCGUUUCCCCACCAAACAAGAGACACAGCUGAGGAAUGAAGUCGCCAUCUUACAGAGUCUGUCCCACCUCGGCGUGGUCUUGUUGGAGGGGAUGUUUGAGACCGUCGUGCACGUCUUUGUCGUCAUGGAGAAGCUCCACGGAGACAUGCUGGAGAUGAUCCUGUCCAAUGAGAGGGGACGGCUACCUGAACGCAUCACUCGCUUCCUGGUCAUGCAGAUCCUCGAGGCUCUGCGGUAUCUGCACUUAAAACACAUAGCUCAUUGUGACCUGAAACCUGAGAACGUGCUGCUGGCGACUCCGGACCCCUUCCCUCAGGUGAAGCUGUGCGACUUCGGCUUCGCCCGCAUCAUCGGCGAGAAGUCGUUCCGUCGCUCGGUCGUGGGAACGCCCGCUUACCUGGCGCCCGAGGUGAUCAGCAGCUGCGGCUACAACCGCUCGUUAGACAUGUGGUCGGUGGGGGUCAUCAUGUACGUCAGCCUGAGCGGCACGUUCCCCUUCAACGAGGACGAGGACAUCAAGCAGCAGAUCACCAACGCUGCAUUCAUGUACCCGAAACAUCUGUGGGCCUCCACCUCACUGGAGGCGGUGAGUCUCAUCAACAACCUCCUGCAGGUGUCGGUCAGACGGAGGUUCAGCGUGGGCAGAGCGCUCGGACACACGUGGCUGCAGGACUUCCAGCUGUGGUGCGACCUCCGAGAGUUCGAGCAGAGGAUGGGCUGCAGGUAUCUGACGCACCGAAGUGACGAGGAGCGCUGGAGGCAGUACGCUGUGGAGAGAGAUCUGGACUUCCCCUCCCACCUCUGCUGGAGCCCCGACAGCAAACCUGACAUGUGACGUCAGCACGGAGGUUAAAGGUCGGACACAUGAACACCGCUCAAAAACCUCAGCAGUGAUCCAAACUUUGUAUAGAAAUCUUUGCAUUUAACAUGUAGCUAAAAACUUUUUUACUAAAAGAGGGAAAAAAGGUAAUAAAAGACACAAACUGCCAUGUAGUAAUAUAAUUUUCUUUUUUAUUCCAAGUAGUGGUUUUUAUAAUUGAACUGUGAGCUUUUGUGGCAUUGCUGAUGAUGGACAGAAUGAGUUGAGAAUGAGAAUGGAGCACAGGUGAAAUUAAAAAUGAUCAUCGUCAUGCACAGGACUGGCUGACCCGUCUUUUUUUAUUUUUCCCCAAAAAUGGGACCAUAACCCUAUUUUAAGCCUCCUCGCUGACAUAGGCCUGCCGUGGUCCCACGUACAGUAUCGGUUCUUCUUACUUUCCUGAUGCCCUGUCGUCUCUCUCACACUGCUCGACACCUCUCUCUGUCUGCGUCCCUCCUCCUCCGUCACGUGUUCAGAUUCACAAAAACAGUGAAAUGUGAAAGAAAGAAGAAAAAGAGGAGUGUGGACAGAGAGGAGAGAGGUGUGUGGGAUCCUUCUUUCUGUUGCUUUUCUGUCUUCAUUCCCCGAGUCCCCCCAUCCAGCCAAGAACCUAUUUUUCUCUUGCUUUGAGUCGCUCUCGUUCACCCUGAAUUUAACCCUGAGCUUCUCAAGUCUUUAAAUCUCCAGUUUGUCCGCUAACAAUCAGUUUUCACAGUGACGUGGUUUUUUAUUUCUUUUAUUUUUUAUACAGUGAGUUAUUUAAUUAAUUUAUUGUUCUUUUCUUAAACUGGCUUCGUAGCACCUGACUCGUCUGCUGAGUGAAAACGUUAACGGGCUCCUAAUGACGCCGUUUAAACGUUUUUUUAUAUAUUUAUUUAUUCUUUAAGGAAGAGUCGGGAGAGACUCACAAUGACAGCGCGUUUCUACACUUCAACAACAGCAUGCAUCUGCACAAAUACACAACCAACCAAGCCAACUGACCGACCAGCUUUUUUCUUUGUAUCACAUUUUUCUUCUUUAAUCACCCUUCUACAAAAAAUAUGACAUCUGAGAGAGAGAGAGAGAGAGAGAGAGAGAGAGAGAGAGAGAGAGAGAGAGAGAGAGAGAGAGAGAGAGAGAGAGAGAGAGAGAGAA